AUGGACAGGGCCAAAAUUGAGGUACCGUAUGCGGCCUCCAAUUCCCCAGACAACGCUUGGGACCAUUGGAUGGACUGGGACCCAGCAUCCUAUUCCGACCUAGCAUCCACUGCAUCUAUGCAACUAUCUACAGAUGCCCAUGAUCCGCAGCGUUCUUCAAUUGAGACGAACGAGUCACGAAACCUUAAUCCUGUUAUAGAGGAAGCUGAUGCAUCCCCUCGACCUGCCAAAAAGCGUAAAGCAUCCACAGAAAGCGGCGACUCGGCCACACGCCCAGGCAGCCAGGACGCGAAAUCAACGUCUGUUCAGAACAAAAGCCAUAGCAUCGUUGAGAAGCGCUACCGUACCAACCUCAACGACAAGAUUGCUGAUUUACGCAAAAGUAUUCCAAGUCUUCGGGACGACGCCUUUACUUCAACUGAGACGGAAAGGCUUGCAGCAUAUCCAAAACACAACAAAUCCACCAUUCUGACCAAAGCAAUCGAGUAUAUCCACCAUCUCGAACUGCGAAACGCUUACUUGGAGAACGUCAAUGCGGGCCUUAGGAGCCAGGCGCGCUAUGCUAAGUCAGAAGUCGCUCAAGGCCGAGAUACGGUCAGUGCAGAAUUGUCAAAGUCUCCAUACGCAGGGCCAGAGGACUUGCCAUCUACGACCCAAGAUUCUCCCAUUACAUCUGAUGCUCCCCGAGGCAUGAUCCCUGUGCCAGAUGAUAUCAGAAAAUUGCAGAACAAUGCGCCUCAGGAGCACUAUGCCGACCGAAUUUCUUCUAACGACCAGCAGCCUGGAGCACACUUCUCAAUCAGAGGCGGGAAACUUAUUGGGAAGCUCAUGGUGGGAUCCUUGGCUGGGCUCAUGGUCAUGGAUGGAUUCAUGGAGAACCGCAAGGACCGAGAGAAUGACCGUGGACUGUUCGCGUUACCCUUUUCGGCACCAUUUCCAACGCUGCAGCCGCUCUGGGCAUUGCAAGGCCAUCUGGCAUCGUUCCCGUUCGCAUAUCUCCUCCUACCGAUGAUCAAAGGGUUCUUGGUUUUCUCUGUCCUCGGGCUCGUUCUGUUUAUGUAUCUUUUCAACUCCAAACCGAGGCUUGGUCUCAAACAUGCAACAGAAGGUAGAAGCGGGUCUCGCUCUUCAGCUUCUCCAAUAGAAGUGCGUGAAAAUGCAUGGUUGACAGCGAUACAAACACUAAAGGUCCCUCGGCAUAGCUGGUUCCCCGAGAUGAUGGCUCUUAUACUGGAAACGGGUGCAUACAUAAUCAGGCAAUUGCUAGGUUGGAACAUUUAUUCAUGGCUGAUGGGCAGAAGCGAGGAAGAAGAGAUUGCCAGAGUGAGGGCGUGGGAAAUCGCCAUCGACGCCCAGCUGACCGGUGGAGAUGCUGAGGUGAGCAGGAGUAGGCUCGUUCUCACCGUCUGGGCUGCCGGGACAUUGCCCAAAACACCGGCCAGACUGAUGCUAAAGGCUUUACAUCUUCGCAUUAUGUUCUGGCAAGCUUCGAGGUGGCCCAGAAUUUGUUCGGCUUUCAACCUCGCAGCCAGCCGACUCGCCCAGUAUCAGUGGACUCUAGCAAAACGAAUGCUUGACACUGUGGAUGUCGCGACAGGAUCUGAAAGUUUCGAACCGUUAUCCGAUCACCUCCUGGCCCUCCUGCAACGGCCGGCUGAAGACGUUAUGACCGACUUCACAAUACAGCAGGCGCAUAAUCUUUGUUGGAACAGGUCAGCAUCCACAACAUCUGAAGACGUUGGGGUUGAGGACAUUGCGGAGGACACGGCCAUGCGUGGCCCUCUUGAUGCCCUGGCCUUGUGGUCAUCUUCUCUUAUACUGCAAGAGACACUGAGCAGCUUUCUUGAGAGUGGCGAGACCAGCCAGGCCCACCUCUCACAGAUCGAAAUCGCUCUUCGAACAGCGCCCCCAGGGUCGAGUACUUCUAUUCGAGCUUUAGCAGCAAAGACCAUCUUCUCUGAGCCCGAUCGUAAACAGAACAUCCACAAGCUCUCAAAAGCUCUUUUGUCCUCGAGCGCGGUCUCUUUCCCAGGCUCGCUUUCGGAAAUCAGCGCCUUUUCGAGUACUGUCCGUAGAGAUGUACUUACCUGUAUCGAAUGUGCCAAAGCUCUUGAUGCAUUGACCGGUCUCCGACCCGAUCCCAUGUCAUUUGAUAGUGCAAUACAACUCCUGGAUCGAACAUACUCUGGGGUCAAGAGCCUGGAUGUAUUAGCAUUGGCUGCCGCAUACAAUUUGAUACUUGUCCUCAUCAACGCCUCUGCGAAUGCUGGACAAUAUUUGUGCAGCCUGAAUCAGAUCGUCCUGAACACCGUCGUACAAAUGGACAAGCCGGAUGAUAAAACCCAUUCACGCGCUCAAGAGAGGUUAAAGACAGCCUUACAAAGGCUUCAAGUACAGCGCAGAUCAUCGAAUGCUUCAGUUGAGAGCGGAUAUGUGAGCAUGUGA